AGAGACCGGGGCUCAGAUCUCCGACGAGAGCGCCUUGUUUGCUCGCAUUUACUUUCAUUUUUGGACGGGGCUAUAAAAAGCGAAAGCAGAGCGCUGGAUUUGCUCAUAAAGACCGCAAAAGUGCAAAAGUCCACUACGAAGGCAGCUGGAAGCAAAGGAUUACCACAAUGAUUAGACCCAUCUACCUGGCCCUCGCCGCUCUGUUCGUUUUGACCUGCUGUGUAAGUGCAGCUCCAUUGGCGGAGACGGAAGUGGACAACAGUGCCGGUUUGCCCAUCUCUAAAUUGGAUAAGGAGAUCCAGGACUCGAGUGCCGAUAGUAGUGGAGAGAAGGACGACGAUGAGGAGGAGGAUGUUCAAAAGGUGGAGGAGGAAACCAACGAGGAUGAUGAUGAAGAGAGCGGCGCCGACGACGACGAUGAUGAUGACUCGGUGAUCCGCAGACGUCGCGAGGCGGAAACCACUGAGGAACCUUCGGAGGAGACUGUCACCGAAAUCCCCACCGAGGAUCACAAGGUGGACUCAACCACCGGGGCAGCUCCCACCCGGAAACCCGUGCUCGUGCUCAUCCGGGAUGCAUUGAAGAAGGUUACCACUGAUCUGCCCACCGCCCAGGUGGCCAACAAUGCACUGCAGUACUUCCAGCAGUUCGAGCACUUCAUCCAGCAGGCCAUCGAGGAGGUGAUCGGCGAUGAUGACGACGAGGAGGAGACGCCGGCCACUGUCAUUCCCGAAACGGAAACCACAGUCGGGGAUGACAAAAAGCCCGAGUCGGAGAACUCCGAGAAACAGCCGGAGGUCGAGGUCCCUGCUGCAGUUCCCGAAAAGGAGACCCAGGCCAUGGAACCCCUUAAGAUGGAGGAAGCUACCUCUUCGACCUCAGCUCCUCUCAGCAAUGCUGUCUAGUCUAGAUACGUACACAUCAUUCCUCAGUUAUUUAUUGUCAUCUAUUUAUUGAUUAGCUAUAAACUAUAUGCCAUAUUCUGAA